AUGGAUAGUUCUCAUUUAAAAAUUUUAGCAAAAUUUUUGCAAAAGGAUGUUCAAGAAAAUUUAAAAAUAAAAGCAUUGAAUGAAGUAUUAGGGUUAACAGGUAGCAGAGAAGGAUGUUCAGUAAUCGAAAACCCUGAAAUUGGAUUAUUAUUAAUUGAUUGUUUAAAAAGUCAAAAUGAAAUUAUAUCUAAAACAACUUGCCUUUCAUUAGUAAAUAUAUCAGCUUUUCAAAGUGGAGCGAAAUUUUUAUUAAGUGAAGAAUUAAAAUGUGUACGUAUGGAAUUAUUAAAAAGCCUUGUUAGCCAUGUGGUUAAUUCAAAAAGCAAGGUAGCAGAUGCAGCCUGUAUGGUUUUAGCAAAUUUAACUCAACAGGAUGAAAAUGCUAAAAUAGUUUUCAAUUGCCUAAAUGAAGCCAACAUUUCAUUAUUAGAUCUGAUUAAUAUUUUUGUAGCUGUUAAAUACAAUGAAAAAGAAUGUAAUUUAAAUUAUUUAGGAUUUUUUUUAUUAAAUUUGUCACAAAUCAAUGACUUUCGAAAAUUAUUGUUGGAACCAAACACAUCCCUAAUUAAAAAAUUAUUUCCUCUUAUUCAGCUUUCCGAGUCUUCAGUUAGAAAAAAUGGAGUGGUUGGAAUUAUAAAAAAUUGUUGUUUUGAUUCAGACUAUCAUGAAUGGCUAUUAUCUUCAGAUAUUGAUGUGCUUCCAUAUUUGCUUUUACCAUUAGCUGGUUCUGAAGAAUUUGAUGAUGAAGAUAAUGAAAAAUUACCUAUCGAGCUACAAUAUCUGGGGGAAGAAAAAACACGAGAAUCAGAUCCUACAGUUCGAAAAACAAUUUUGGAAGCUCUUUUGCAGCUUUGUGCAAAAAGAAAAAACAGGGAAUUCAUGAGAGAGAAAAAUGUUUAUGUUAUCCUUAGAGAAUAUCAUAAGUGGGAAAAAGAUAAAAAUAUUCUUUUGGCUUGCGAAAAUUUAGUUGAUAUUCUUAUUAGAACUGAAGAAGAAAUAAAUGAAAAUAAUUUAAAAGAUUUGGAAGUCCCUGAAAAGUAUAUUGACAAAUUUAAUGAAAUGGAUGAGCUUUAUCUUAAAGAUGAUUAA